AUCAAAAGGAACCCCCAAAACCCUCUCAAACGCGUCACUUUUGUCUGCCACCUGUGACUGUGAGGAUCCCAACAACACUUCUUGUUCAUGGAUUCUGGGCUUCAGCAACUCGCAUUGUGCCUCUUCUUCAUUCUCUGCCGCCUCUUUCAAGCCACUGCAGAGGAUGACUGGAAGUUAGCCACAGCCACGCUUUCUAGAGACAGGGACGGCUCCUCCUCCGUCGCUACUGGAGGCGCUUGUGGGUAUGGAGAUCUGAGGCAGAGCAGCUUUGGCGGGUACAGUGCAGGCCUGAGCGGGAAGCUGUUCAACAGGGGAAGCAGCUGCGGAGCUUGUCUAGAAGUGCGGUGCGUGAACCACAUCCGGUGGUGCCUUCAAGGCAGCCCCUCCGUGGUGGUCACCGCCACCGAUUUCUGUCCUCCCAAUUCGGGACUCUCCUCCGAUUACGGAGGUUGGUGCAACUUCCCAAAGGAGCACUUGGAACUAUCUCAUGCCGCUUUCACAGGGAUCGCAGAAACCAGAGCCGAGAUGAUACCUGUACAGUACAGGAGGGUCAAGUGUGGGCGGAGAGGCGGGUUGAGAUUCAGCUUGAGCGGGAGCUCCCACUUCUUCCAGGUGUUGAUAAGCAAUGUGGGCCUCGACGGGGAAGUGGUUGGAGUGAAAGUGAAGGGCCAUACAACGGCUUGGAUCCCAAUGGCCAGAAACUGGGGACAGAAUUGGCACUCCUCUCUUGACCUCAUUGGACAGUCUCUCUCUUUCGAGGUUACUCUCAAAGGCGGCAAAACCAUUGCCUCUUAUGAUGUGGCUCCUCCAUAUUGGCGCUUCGGAAUGACAUACCAAGGAAAGCAGUUCCACUCCUGACUCCUCCUUUAUCGUUUUCAAGUCAUGAUUCACUUUCGGUGGCUUUAUUAUGACUUUGGAGACAUUAGAUAUCAUCACUUCGUUUCAAGGUAUAAAUGACUUUCCACGAG